AUGCGAAAGCGAGAUGGCAAAAGAGACAGAACAGAACGAGCACGGAACGGGCAGCAACUACACAAGGGAAACCACGGGCAAGGCACGGGUGGGGCACGGGUAGGGCACGAGCAGCACGGGUGGGGCACGGGUAGGACACGGGCAGCACGGGAAGCACGUGGCGGCAGGGCACGGGAGGCACGUGGCAGCAGGGCACGGGCAGGAAGGCACAGGAAGGCACGGGGCGGCAGCACGGACAACAAGAACGGCAGCACGGGAACGGGGAGCACGGGAGACACGGGGCCGACACGGGGUGGCGACCUGGACGACGGAAACGGGCAGCACGCGAAUGGGCAGCACGAAGGUACGAGGCGGCAGCACGGUACGGGUAGCACGGGAGGCACGGGAACAACACUGGGGCGGCAUCACGGACGACACGGGAACGCGCAGCAUGGGAGGCACGGGUGGGACACAGACAGCACGGGAACGGGUGGCACGGGAGACACGGGAACGGGCACGGUCGGCACGAAAGGCACUGGAACGGGCACGGGCAGCACGGGAAGCACGGGAUUGGACCCUGGCAGCAGGGGAAGCACGGGUGAGCACGGGCAGCAUGGGAAGCACGGGAACGGGAAGUACGAAAGACACAGGCAACAAGCACUGGCAGCACGGGAGAUACGAGAAUGGGACACUGGCAGCACGGGAGGCACGGGAAGCACGGGUAGGACAUGGACAGGGGAUGAAAUGAGGAGGAGGCAGCUGAUGCUGCAGCUGGACUCACCCACCCACACCUUCUGA